GGUCCCUUCCCGGACUCUAAGGUGCCUGAGGGCGUCCAGCUCGAGCUUGUGGACUACCACGACUACGAGCAGGUCAAGAGGGACAAGGCGCGGGUGGGGUUGGGGGAACAAGGCCGUCCAGCCAAAGUCCCCCCGGGGAACAAGGCUCUGGAGGAUAAGCUUUACCUCGACAACGGCUUCAACGGCCUCCUUAGCGACUACAUCGCCCUGGACCGGUCCCUGCCCGACAUCCGACAUCCUGCCUGCGCCUCCUAUAAGUACUACAAGAACCUCCCCACGACCAGCGUCGUGAUCCCAUUUUUCGAGGAGUCGCUGUCGGCGCUGCAGCGAACCAUCGUGUCUGUCGUGAACCGCACCCCGGCCCACCUCCUCAAAGAGAUCAUCCUCGUGGAUGACGGCAGCUUUAAGAACCCGGACCUUAAGGCGCCCUUAGAGGCGUGGCUGCGCGCCUCGGCGCCCAAAGCGCGCCUGCUGCGCCUGCCGGAGCGCGAGGGCCUCAUCACGGCGCGCAUGGCGGGGGCCAAGGCCGCCAUUGGUGACGUCAUCGUCGUCCUGGACAGCCACUGCGAGGUGCUGGUCAACUGGCUGCCGCCACUGCUGCACCCCAUCGUGGAGGACCACAGAGUGGCCGUGUGUCCCCUCAUCGACGUGAUCGCGUGGGACACGUUCGCCUACCACGCGCAGGACGACGGUGCACGGGGGGCGUUCGACUGGAAUUUCUUCUACAAGCGCAUCCCUCUGGCGGCCGACGUCGCGGCCACACUACCUCGCCCCUUCCAGAACCCGGUGAUGAACGGCGGGCUGUUCGCCAUCAGCCGCGCCUUCUUCUGGGAGCUGGGGGGCUACGACCCCGAGCUGGCCAUCUGGGGGGGCGAGCAGUACAACCUUUCCUUCAAGGUGGCCAUUUGGCCAUGUGGAGGCCAAUUCCCCUCAAGUUUUUAUAGAUCCACCCCCUAA